AUUGAUUUCUCGUUUUAGCUGGUAAGUGAGACGCGCGAGUUCACGCUUGCCGAUUCAAAAUGAGUGUAGUCAUUAAUCGACCAUUGGUGACCGCGUUCAACAAGAAGAAUGAGAAGGUAUCCAGCUUGAAGCCGUUUUUCUGGCACCAAUUCAACCAGAUAUUGUGCCUGUCUGGCAUCCGCCAUGAGAUUGCGAUGAACAACCAGCAACCCUAUUCAGUCAGCGAAGAUGCCGGUGCCAUCAAACGUCUGCCGAGUCCUGUGGAACUGAUCGUGAAGUUGUGCGUAGUCCUUGUGUUCGAGGUGGCGGUACCCUCCAUUCCGGCCAAGACCUUGCGUCGUUGGCACGGAAAGGUGAACGUCAGCCAGAAGCGUUAUGUUCCGUGCUCCGCCUUAGCCGCUUCUGAUGUUCCCAGCCUAGUUUUUGCCGGGGGUCAUGCGAGCCGACAUCUGUCGGAAAUCCUCUUUUGUCGUCACCCAUUAUAUCUAAGGACUCGGUGCGCUUCCAAAUUGGCCGCGGUAAUCAAGAUGCGCAAUCGUUGGAUUCCGAAUUUCGUUUAUGUGGUUCCUCCCCCGACGAAAUUUGAAUCUGCGAUCAAGGACGCUCGAUUAGCAGUUGGUCCCUACACCGGAACCGUGGCAGACCUUGCCGGGGAAGCCGUCAGUCAAGGAACAUAUGCGAUAUCCAGUCUACAGCGCCCAGAAAACGAGCUUAUCCGAUAUGCUACCAUUGGUCUCGGAGCUAUGUGUGGGAGUUUGUUAGCAUAUCGGAAAAGCUUCAUCAAGAAGCUUACGCUGCCCAUCUUUGGCGCUUUGGGUAUGACUGCCUUGAGUUACCCGGAUAAGUUUUCCGCCGUAAAGGAUAUUGCGAAGGAAGAACUUGCUGAAGCAAGUGCCGUAGGGUUAAUAUUUGCAAAGAGUGUUUACGUUGACUUGGUGGAUAGGAUGUUCAACUCCCCUUCGCUACUUGGCAGUGCUGACUCGAAGAAUGACGACGGUGUGAAAGAGAUUAAUCGAAUUGGUGAACAAAUGUCGACUUCUACUUGGUCAGAAUGGCGAAAGCUUCGUGAAGAAUCAUUGGAGAAGAUAAGAUUGUUUGUAAAUGUGUGUGAACAAGUCAGUGCGUUGCAAAAUGAACUGAGAAAUUCUGAAGAACGUGCAGGUUUUGAGAAAUCAGUGAUAGAAGAUGUUCUUGUGAAGGCCUGGGGUAAUUACGCAACAAGUCUAAGUUCUAUCGAAGCAGACAUUCAAGGAUACGAAUCUCUCUGUCUUCGGAUGGAGGCUUCAAUGAACUGCGAUAAUGAUCGGAUUUUGGCCAGGUUCUAUCGUGUUGGAUUAUCAAGAAGACUUCUCGCUGUUCAACGUGCCAAGAGUGUGUUAUUUGACAAUAUUAAACCGUUGAGUGCGUGUGAAUUCAUGGCCGCAGUAUUCGGAGACAUUGGAGGUCGAAUAUCUUGCGAUCGUGUGAACGAAAUCGUCUUCUUCGCGUCCCAAAGCUUGGCUUAGAACAAUAUGUGAUCUCUACUUGUAAUGUCCAAGUCUGUAUCCGAGGUGAAUACUGUAUCGGAAAUAUUGAUAUUCGUUGCAGAGAAAUCGAUUUAUUCCGCGCU